AUGACAUCAAGGUUGAAAUUAGACUCUAAUACAUUCGAGCUAAUUGAGUUUGAAUCACAAAUUUGUGUUUAUGAAGUUAUGGAAAAACCUAUUGUGCAGAGUGUCCUAGAUGGUUAUAAUGGGAUAGUCAUGGCAUAUAGGCAGACUGGUACAAGUAAAACAUAUUCUCUUGGAAGACAAGAAGGCACAGCUGCUCGUGGUAUAAUGGUGUGCGCAAUGGAGGACAUUUUAGCAGAUAUUUCUCUAGAGACUGAUUCUGUGUCAGUUUCAUAUUUGCAGCUUUAUAUGGAAACUAUACAGGACCUUCUUGAUCCUGCAAAUGAUAACAUUUCCAUAGUGGAAGACCCCAAAACUGGAGAUGUUUCUCUACCAGGGGCUACAAUAAUUGAAAAUUGGGACCAUAUGAGUUUUGUGGAACUAUUAAGACUUGGAGAGGCUCACCGUUUUGCUGCAAAUACAAAAUUGAACACAGAAUCUUCUCGUAGUCAAGCUAUUUUGAUGGUAAAUGUGAAGAGGCAUGUGAAAGGAAGAGAUUCAACUCUUUUGAAUGAAAAUGGUAACAUCUCCCACAUAAGUAAAAUUCUAAAGGCUCCUUUAGUUUGGAAGGGCAAGUUAGUUAUAGUCGAUCUAGCUGGUUCAGAGCGUAUUGAUAAUGACAAAAUCGCAAAUGAAGCGAUAGAUAAUGGCACUGAUGUGACAUCUAACAAAGAGAAUUUGUCUGCUCUAGAGGAAGUUGUUGAACUCAAAAAAAUGCUUCAGAAAGAAACUCUUCUAAGGAAGAAUGCUGAAGAGGAAAUUAAUAUUCUAAAAUAUCAACUUUCUCAAUGGAUAAGGAUAUCAAUUUUGGGAACCAUUGAAGCUUCUGAUGAUCAUUCAGUCUACAAGAAAAAGGGAAAACACUGGCAAAACUCUGGCAAAAUGACAAAGAUAAGCCGAGUUGGUAGUGUUUCAAAUGAUGCAGGUGGAACAAGUAAAAGGAACAUAGCUGAGUUUGAAGUUAAGUUGAGAAACUUUGAAGGAAAUACUCAAGCUAGAGCUGAUAUGAGUGAGCAAAGUGAAUCUGAAACUGAGCUAGAUGCAACAGAACAACAACUUGAUCUAUCUGGGUAUCAACUGCAAACUAACACACCAGAACCCAACAGUGUUGGAGAGGCUCUUUCAGGGAAGAACAAUGCUGAAUGGAGUCAAGCAAUGUAG